GUCAAAUCAGGCCAGCUGGCAGUGACGCUGCGGGUAGCAGCAGGUGUGGACGGUCAGUACAGCGUUUCUUUAUUUUGGUGGGUUCGCCGGAGCUCGCAGUCUCAUGCCACCACGUUCUUGGUCAAACGUGGUCACACUGAAGCCGGUCCUUUUCCAGGUCUGGGAGUGAACCCCGUCUUUUGUGGUUCCCUGUCGAGAUGUCUUCGGCCGAACGUGACGGAACCCUCAGUCAACUCAACAAGUUUGAGAAACUGUCGUGGAGGCCCUUCAUCCGCGACUCAGGCUCCAAGAAGCGAGCACGGUGGCUUCAGGCUCGGCGCAUCUUCUCCCCUUCCUGCCCCAACCUUCGGAUACCCAACAGGUUCCUGAGAGAAGGACACUGUGUACCCCCUGCCCGGAGUGGACACCGCUGUGUUGCGGACAGCGCCAACUUGUAUGUGUUUGGAGGCUACAAUCCAGACUUUGAGGAGGCAGGCGGCUCAGAGAAUGAAGACUACCCUCUUUUCAGGGAGCUUUGGCGGUUUCACUUUGCCACAGCCACUUGGCAGCAGGUCCGCACAGAGGGUUACAUGCCCACAGAGCUGGCCUCUAUGUCAGCUGUUUUACAUGGAAGCAACCUGCUUGUGUUUGGUGGCACUGGGAUUCCAUUUGGUGAAAACAAUGGGAAUGACGUCCAUGUUUGCAAUGUUCAGUACAAACGAUGGAACCUACUGAACUGCAGAGGGAAGAAACCCAACAAGAUCUACGGACAGGCAAUGAUCAUCGUAAACGGUUACCUCUAUGUGUUUGGAGGGACAACAGGCUACCUUUACAGUACUGACCUGCACAGGCUGGACCUGACCACCAGAGAGUGGACCCACCUCAAACCCAACAAUGCACCCUCAGAUCUACCCGAAGAGAGGUACAGACAUGAACUAGCUCAUGAUGGACGGAGAAUAUACAUUUUUGGAGGUGGGACCUCCUGGACGUCGUAUCCCCUGGACAAGGUUCACGCAUAUAACUUGGAGACAAAUUACUGGGAGGAAAUAGUCACCAAACCUCAUGAAAAAAUAGGAUAUCCUGCUGCCCGCCGGUGUCACAGCUGUGUGCAGGUCAGACAUGAGGUGUUUAUAUGUGGGGGAUAUAAUGGAGAGCUGAUCCUGUCUGACCUGUGGAAGAUCAACCUGCAGACUUUUCAGUGGACCAAACUGCCUGCCGUCAUGCCAGAACCAGCUUAUUUUCACUGUGCUGCAGUCACUCCGGCUGGCUGUAUGUAUGUCCAUGGCGGUGUUGUCAACAUGUCUGGGAAUAGAAGGACUGGCUCUUUGUACAAAGUGUGGCUGGUGGUGCCCAGUCUGUUGGAAAUGACCUGGGAGAAACUGCUGAAAACUUUCCCUCACAUAGCCCAGCUGUCCAACCUUCAGCUGCUUAGCCUGGGACUGACGCACACACUAAUUCAGCGGCUCAAAUAGACGCAGAUACAGAGACUGAAGGAAGCGGUAUGUCAUGCAACAGCACUGACUCUUAAUUUGCUGACAACUUGGCAAAAAAACCUCUGGAAAGGACAAAGAUAAGUCUGAUGUCACAUGGUUAUGAAACAACUUUGAAUGCCUUUUAACUGUAGUCUUAUGUAUAGUGCAGUAUGCAGUGUUUAGCAUUUCUCUGUAUGUGAAUGUGUCAGAGCUGAGUUUUCACACAUCCAUCAGAAGCCAUGCAUCCACCAAAAUCACUGUAGUAUGCCGAUUUCUUCUUCCUCCUGCUUCUGUCUUCUUUGAUCCACUUCAAUGCUCCACAUUUUAAAUUUUUUUAAACCACAUAUCACUGUCAGAAAUUUGGGCAGCAUGUGCAUGAAUAGUUAAGUGUUCCAAAGACCACUACUUCAAAGGCAAAUGAAUGCUGCUUCUGCUAGAGAUCAGCUUGUUUCACUGUAGCUGAAGUGACAACAAGUUGCUCACUGCUGUCGUCUUUGACACAAGCUCAAGUCAGCUGCAGCUGCGCCCACUGUGACAUAGGUUAGAUCAGAAAUGACUGUCAAAUAAUGCUGGUGUCAUGCAGCUGAUAAAGCAUGGCCACGUUUUACUGCGAUACCUUUUAACUGUCUAAUUAAGUCGAAGGAAUUUUGUUUUAGCCUCAAAGACUUUCUGAUUGCAUGCUGAUAUGGAGCUGUGAUUGUAAGUCAGCCGCUGAAGAUGAAAAAUGUUCCCCUCACAUGGCAUCACUGUGACUCUUCUUGUGCCUCUUUGAUUAUUCUUCCUCUUUUCUGGAAAAAUGACAAGUAAGACAUGAAUUUACACCCCCUGUAGCUCCACAGUGAUCCUUGAGCCUUUUUUUUAAUUUCCUCGUUUGGUGCCUUCUGAAUUUCCGCCAUAUCACGCACAUUUUUUUAUAUUUCUCUAAACCAGUCUAUUUAAGAUUUUCAUUUGUUCAUUUUUCUCUGAAUUGUGUACGUGAAGCCUUUUUUCCCCAUGAGGUUUGCCUGGUGCUUUCCACAUGAGCCUUUUGUUGCUGAUCCUUCCUGCUCAUGAUAAAGCAGAUGAGAUUUUUCUUUAACUUGAAGCCACAGAGACAGUUUGUACCUAUUUAUUUUGACCACUGUGCUGCUAUUUUAUUUUAUUACAAAACCUUUAGCUGUAGCACAAAAUGAUGUUAUCACUUGCAGUGGCUUUUCAGUUCCCACUUUAUGCCUAAACUUCAUUUAACAUUUUGUACUAUAAUAUAGGUCAUCUUAUUAUGAUUACAUUUUUUUUUUAAACUUUUGCUCUUGUUUUUUACUCGAGAAAAGCUGUGGUACUUUGAAAAAUAAGUGGUGUGGGACAUUUGUAAUUGGUAAAUAAGGCAGGGUAUGUAAGAGGUACUCAGGAUGUUAAAUACUGUGAUCAGAUGCAGUUUUUAGAGCUCUGCAGACAUUUGCCAAAAUGUUAAAAGACUGAAACCACAGUUAGGUACACUGCAAUGACUUUGAUGAAACAAUUUUUAUUGCGAUUGCUGUGGACUGUAAAGCUUAAAUACUGUAAUAACACUCCCAGCUUGUUCCGAGACACGUGUUUGCUUUUUUUCUUUUUUGGGGGGGGGGGGGUCAACCUCUUCUGAACAUGGAGCAUCUGCAGCAUUUUGUUGUGUAUCAUAAUAAUGCCCAUUUUCACAUCCAAGACUCCACCUCUCUUCCUUUUUGUUACGAUUGAUAUGUUAUGACCUUAUUUAUAUCUUACUGCUUCAGUACACACUCAGACUUGUUAAACGUGCGGCCUUGCUUACGAUGAAGACGUUUAUUGUAUAUUUGCAUCAUCUUUUUGAUGUUGAACUAUAUGAUAUGAACUAUUUUGCAUGUCAGUAUGGUGUGCAUGUCACUUUACAUGAUCUCUUGGCAUAAAAGGUGAAUUCCUCUUCCAGGGCUGUUAUGGCUGUAAUGUAAAUUCUGUUUUGUAAUUCUUGUCUGUACAAAUAAUAAAAACACAGGCAGCCACUUUUUCAA